CAUUUUAAAAUGUAACGUGAAGUGACAUUUGUGUCUCAAAUAUAACUAUUUUAAUUAAAAAUAUUUUUAAACUCUUUGCACAGUCUGUCGUAGUGGACCUGCCGUGUUUUGACAUUUUUAAGUCGGAAAAACCACACAAAAAAUCUCAACCAUCUGCAGUACCGCCGUGAGCCACAGGGUGUCACCGAUCAACCUUUGAAGGUGAGGACUCUCGCUCCAAAGCUUACAUUCAUCACUGCUGUGUAACUGGGCCUUUAAGAAGAGAAACGUGAUUGUUUAUGGGCGUCAACCCGGAAGAGGAUGUCUGACUAACAUGCUGCCGGAGCUGGCGGUGUUUGGUUGGAGAAAUCACGUUAGCCGCAGCUGGAGUAAAGUUUGGACGAAGUCAGUGAGUCAGAUGGCAGCGAAGGUGAUGAGAACCAGAGACGCCGCUGCUCCUGGUCCGGUCAACGGUAACGUGUUGCCGCUAGCGAUGCCGUCCGAUCAGAAGCAGCUACGUUUAGGUGGCGCUGAGAUCCUGAACUGUACAGUCAAGGCUCUGAAGCAGGGCCAGGUGGUGGCGGUGCCCACGGACACCAUCUACGGCCUAGCCUGUCUGGCCCAGAACUCGGAGGCGGUGAAGAAAAUCUACGACAUCAAAGGCCGAAACGGACAGAAGCCGCUGGCCAUCUGUGUGGGAGAGAUCCACGACAUCUACAGGUACUGUAAAGUCAACGUGACGGAGGCGCUGCUGAGUGACCUGCUGCCCGGUCCAGUCACGCUGGUCUUUGAACGCUCUGAGGUUCUGAACAAGGAUCUGAACCCCUUCACAUCCCUGGUGGGCGUGCGAAUCCCGGACCACGCGUUCAUCAGACGCCUGUGUCAGAUGAGCGAGCAGCCGCUAGCUCUCACCAGCGCCAACAUCAGCUCCCACACCAGCACUGUGGAAGUAAACGAGUUCAAGGAGCUUUGGCCCAAACUGGCGGUGGUGGUGGACGGCGGACCAAUCGGAGACCAGUGUCGUCUUGGCUCCACGGUGGUCGACCUAUCAGUGCUCGGAAAAUAUAAAAUCAUCAGACCUGGUUGUGCUCGUUCGUCUACAGUCGAUGUUCUGGAACACAAACAUGGGCUGUCAGAGAACUCUGACCUUUGACCUCUCCACACCUCAACAACACACACUGAGGCGCACAAA